GCCACGCCCGCGCGCCAUAGUCGGUUCCGCGCGCCCGCUCGCCAUAGUCGGUUCCGCACGCGCUUCGCCUCCAACCGACCAUGGCUCGUCUCCUAUAGCACCAGUCUCCCGCACCGUCGCCACAGAUCAAACCCCAAACCCCUCUUCCCCGCCUCCGACGCGCUGCCACCGGACGCCGCAGCUCCUCCCCCAGGAGCCACGCGUCGACGGGGAGGCGCCGAGCCGGCGCUCCACUCGCCGAACCCAAGCCAUGGAGAGCCCGGGCGGUGGCGCCGAUGCGCGCGCGCGCUCGAGGCAGUACGACUACGGCGCCAACUCCAACCUCGUCGUCAACACCGGCUCGCGCCCCCGCGACGCGCAUCACGAGCCCACCGGCGAGCCGCAGACCCUCAGCGGCAGGAUCCGCGCGAGGAGCUUCGGCGACCGCGCCGUCCGGACCAGGCCUCCCGGGCUAGAGGAGAAGCGAGGCGAGUCCCGCGGGAAGAAGGCCCGGGAUGCGGCCUCCGCCGACCUCCCCCACCGCGACGCCAAGCGCGUGCGCCGCGGCUCCGUGCGGCCCGAGGACAACGUGCUCUCGCUCGCGCACGACGCCCUCUACAAGCCCCGGACCAGGGAGACGCGCACCGCCUACGAGGCGCUGCUCAGCGUCAUCCAGCGGCAGCUCGGCGGGCAGCCCCUCGACGUGCUUGGCGAUGCCGCGGACGAGGUGCUUGCCGCUCUCAAGGACGACAGGAUCAGGAACCCUGACAAGAAGAAGGUAAUAGAGAAGCUCAUCAACCCUGUCUCGGGUCAGAUGUUCCACCAGCUCGUCUCCAUUGGGAAGCUCAACGAUUUCCAUGAUUCUGCCGGUGUGCCUUCUGGUGAUGGCACAGACAUGCCAUUCGAUGAUGAUAUUGGCAUUACUGUUGAGUUCGAAGAGGAUGAGGAUGAUAAGGAGCAUAACCUUUAUCAGGUGCAAGAUGAGCUGGAUGGUGAGAAUGAAGAUGACCUUGUCGAGUUGAACGUUCCUGGAACUAUGCAAACGGGUGGUGAGUUGUAUGACGAUGAUCUGCAGAGCUGCAACAAGGAUCUGACUUUAGACGUGCAAGACAUUGAUGCUUACUGGCUUCAGAGGAAGAUAUCACAAGCAUAUGAAGAUAUCGACCCCCAGCACAGCCAGAAGCUUGCCGAGGAGAUCUUGAAGGUGAUCGCUGAGGGUGACGACAGAGAUGUUGAGAAUCGGCUUGUCACGCUGCUGGACUACAAGAAUUUUGAUCUCAUUAAAUUGCUGCUUCACAACCGACUCAAGAUAGUUUGGUGUACCUUCUUAGCCAGGGCUGAAGAUCAGGAACAGCGGAAGAAGAUAGCAGAAGAGAUGAUGAGUAACCCAAGAUUAGCUCCAAUUUUGGAGCAGCUACAUGCAACGAGAGCAUCUGCAAAGGAGAGGCAGAAGAAUCUGGAGAGAAGUAUCAGGGAUGAGGCUAAGAGGCUCCUAAAAAAUAACAGCGCUGGGACUGAUGGUGCGAGGGAUAGUAAGGCAGUUGAUAUCAAAAGUGGAUGGUUCAAAGGCCAGAGGCAGCUGCUUGAUCUUGAUAACCUUUCUUUCCACCAAGGUAGUCUCUUGAUGUCCAACAAAAAAUGUGAACUUCCUCCAGGAUCAUUUAGAACCCCUCAGAGGGGUUACGAGGAAGUCCAUGUGCCAGCCUUGCGACCUAUGCCAUAUGAAUCUGCAGAGAAGAUUGUGAAGAUAUCUGAUAUGCCAGAGUGGGCCCGACCAGCUUUUGCUGGGAUGACUCAACUUAAUAGAGUUCAGAGCAAGGUUUAUGAUACUGCCCUUUACAAACCAGAUAACAUCCUUCUCUGUGCUCCAACGGGUGCUGGGAAAACCAAUGUGGCCGUGCUUACAAUUCUUCAGCAGAUUGGUUUGCAUAUGAAGGAUGGUGAAUUUGAUAAUACAAAGUACAAAAUUGUCUAUGUGGCCCCAAUGAAAGCUUUGGUUGCUGAAGUUGUUGGAAAUUUGUCAGCGCGGCUGAAAGAGUACAAUGUCACUGUUAGUGAGCUUAGUGGAGAUCAGAACCUGACCAAACAACAGAUUGAUGAGACACAGAUAAUUGUCACUACACCUGAGAAAUGGGAUAUUGUCACAAGGAAAUCAGGUGAUAGAAUCUAUACUCAACUGGUAAAGCUUCUAAUCAUUGAUGAGAUCCAUCUACUCCAUGAUAACAGAGGGCCUGUUCUGGAGAGUAUUGUUUCUAGAACAGUACGGCAGAUUGAAAUGACCAGGGAACAUAUCCGCCUAGUUGGCCUCUCUGCAACUCUCCCAAAUUAUGAAGAUAUUGCGGUAUUCUUGCGUGUUUGCUCAGGCGGUCUCUUCCAUUUUGAUAACAGUUACCGACCUUGCCCUCUAGCUCAACAGUACAUCGGAAUCACAGCGAGGAAGCCACUGCAGAGGUUUCAGUUGAUGAAUGAGAUUUGUUAUGAGAAGGUUAUGGCUGCUGCUGGUAAGCACCAAGUGCUUAUAUUUGUGCACUCAAGGAAGGAGACAGCGCAAACUGCUCGUGCCAUCAGAGACACUGCAUUGGCUAAUGACGUGUUGGCUCGCUUUCUGAAGGAUGACAGUGCAAGUCAAGAGAUCCUUUGUGCUCAUGCAGAACUUGUCAAAAGUAGUGACCUUAAAGACCUUUUGCCAUAUGGGUUUGCUAUUCAUCAUGCUGGGUUGGCAAGGGUAGACCGUGAACUUGUUGAGAAACUUUUUGUUGAUAAGCAUAUACAGGUCCUUAUUUCGACAGCCACCCUUGCAUGGGGUGUCAAUCUACCUGCACACACUGUUAUUAUAAAGGGUACCCAGAUUUACAAUUCAGAAAAGGGCGCUUGGACAGAACUAAGUCCGCUGGAUGUCAUGCAGAUGCUUGGUCGUGCAGGCAGGCCUCAGUAUGACACACAUGGAGAGGGUAUAAUCUUAACAAGCCACAGUGAAUUGCAAUACUACCUGUCUCUUAUGAGUCAACAGCUGCCUAUUGAGAGUCAGUUUAUAUCCAAACUGGCCGAUCAGUUAAAUGCAGAGAUUGUUCUUGGAACUAUUCAGAAUGCCCAGGAGGCAUGCUCGUGGCUUGGAUACACUUACCUCUACAUCCGGAUGCUCCGGAAUCCAACAUUGUAUGGCCUACCUGAAGAUAUCAUGGAGAGAGACAGAACACUAGAUGAAAGGAGAGCUGACUUGGUACACUCAGCUGCAAAUCUAUUGGAUAGGAAUAAUUUGAAGUAUGAUAAGAGAACUGGAUACUUUCAGGCUACUGACCUAGGGAGGAUCUCUAGUUAUUACUAUAUUAGUCACAGGACUAUUUCAACUUACAACGAGUACCUGAAGCCUACGAUGGGUUACAUUGAGCUGUGCCAAUUGUUCUCUCUUAGUGAGGAAUUUAAGUAUGUUAGUGUCAGAAAAGAUGAGAAGAUGGAGCUGGAAAAGAUUUUGGAUCGUGUGCCGAUUCCUGUGAAAGAGAGCUUGGAGGAGCCCAGCACAAAGAUCAAUGUUCUGCUCCAAGCAUAUAUUUCUGGGCUUAAGCUAGAGGGCCUCUCCCUUGGCUCUGAUAUGGUCUAUAUCAAACAGAGUGCUGGUCGCCUCUCAAGAGCAAUAUUUGAGAUAGUUUUGAAGAGAGGAUGGUCUCAACUAGCAGAGAAGGCUCUGAAUCUUUGCACGAUGAUUGAUAAGCAGAUGUGGAGUGUCCAAACUCCUUUGCGCCAGUUUCCUGGCAUUCCAAAUGAAAUCCUGAUGAAACUGGAGAAAAAGGAAUUGGCUUGGGAGAGGUACUUUGACCUAUCAUCACAGGAAAUUGGUGAGCUGAUCCGUUAUCCCAAGAUGGGGAGGCGGUUAUACCAGUGCAUCCACCAGUUACCAAAGUUGAACCUUUCAGCCCAUGUCCAACCAAUUACUCGUACAGUUUUGGGUUUUGAGCUGACUCUUACACCUGAUUUCCAGUGGGAUGAUAAGAUACAUGGAUAUGUUGAACCUUUUUGGAUUCUUGUUGAGGACAAUGACAGCGAGUGCAUUCUUCACCAUGAAUACUUCACGCUUAAGAAACAACGACUGAAUGAAGAUCAUACACUUAAUUUCACAGUGCCAAUAUAUGAGCCAUUGCCCCCUCUGUACUUUAUACACGUCGUAUCUGACAAGUGGCUUGGAUCUCGGACAAUUCUUCCAGUCUCAUUUAGGCACUUGGUUCUUCCAGACAAACAUGCUCCACCAACCGAAUUGCUUGAUCUGCAACCACUACCUGUUACCGCACUGAGGAAUGCACGAUAUGAAGGCCUUUAUAGUGCCUGGAAACAUUUCAACCCCAUCCAGACUCAAGUGUUCAGUGUCUUGUAUAACAGUGAUCAUAGUGUUUUGGUUGCUGCUCCAACAGGCAGCGGGAAGACCAUAUGUGCGAAGUUUGCGAUACUAAGGAACCACCAAAAGGCAGUAUCUGGUGAAACCAACAUGCGAAUUGUGUAUAUAGCGCCUAUUGAAGCUCUGGCGAAAGAAAGAUACAGGGACUGGGAGAUGAAAUUUGGAGAAUUCGCCUGUGUAGUUGAGCUAACUGGUGAAACUGCACGUGAUUUGAAGCUUCUUGAUAAAGGGGAAAUUAUUAUUAGCACUCAUGAGAAGUGGGAUUCACUCUCACGCCGGUGGAAACAGAGGAAACACAUCCAACAGGUCGGUUUAUUCAUUGUCGAUGAGCUUCACCUAAUUGGAUCUGAGAAGGGACAUGUUUUGGAUAUCAUUGUUUCAAGGAUGAGGUGUAUUGCAAAUCAUACCUGCAGCAACAUCCGGAUCGUAGCGCUUUCAGCAUCACUUGCGAAUGCUAAAGAUCUCGGAGAGUGGAUUGGUGCCACCUCUCAUGGCCUUUUCAAUUUCCCUCCAGCAGUGCCGGUACCUUUAGAAAUACACAUUCAGGGUGUGGACAUAGCAAACUUUGAAGCAAGGAUGCAAGCAAUGGCAAAGCCUACGUACAAUGCUAUCAGACAACAUGCAAAGCAUGGUAAGCCUGCACUGGUAUUUGUACCGGCAAUGAAGCACGCAAGGUUUACUGCGUUGGACUUGUGCGCAUACUCAAAUGCUGAAGGUUGUGGAACACCUUUCCUUCUUGGGUCAGAAGAUGAGAUGGAUACGUACACGAGAGGUGUCAAUGAAGAAACGCUUGUAAAUAUGCUGAAAUGUGGUGUAGGCUACUUGCAUGAGGCUCUAAGUGAUCUUGAUCAGGAAGUUGUGACUCAGCUGUUCCUUUGUGGGAAGAUCCAAGUGUGUGUCGUGAGCAGCACAAUGUGCUGGGGAAGAUCACUGCCUUCCCAUUUGGUUGUUGUGAUGGGAACACAGUAUUCUGAUGGGUGGGGCAGUGUCACUGACUAUCCAGUCAGUGAUCUGCUACAAAUGAUGGGUCAUGCCAGCAGGCCUCUUCAAGAUAACUCAGGGAAAUGUGUUAUAUUGUGCCAUGCACCUCGCAAGGAAUACCACAGGAAGUUCCUUUCAGAGGCCUUCCCUGUUGAGAGCCAUCUUCACCAUAAUUUGCAUGAUCAUAUGAAUGCUGAAGUUGUUUGUGGUGUUGUAGAAAACAAGCAAGCUGCUGUGGAUUAUCUUACUUGGACUUUCAUGUACCGGAGGCUGACCAAGAACCCUAACUACUACAAUCUGCAGGGAACAGGUCACAGGCAUGUGUCUGAUCAUCUUUCUGAGCUAGUGGAGACAGUAUUGGACGACCUUGAGUCAAGCAAGUGUGUGGUUAUAGAAGAGGAUACGUUUCUGAAGCCCCUCAACCUUGGUCUCAUAGCCUCGUACUACUACAUCAGCUACAAGACUAUCGAACGGUUCAGUUCAAUGAUAACCCAGAAGACUAAGAUGAAAGGUCUCCUGGAGAUUCUAGCUUCUGCAUCAGAAUAUGCAGAGCUUCCAAGUUGCCGAGGUGAGGAAGAAUCCAUUGAGACGCUAGUUCGUCACCAGAGAUUUUCUGCUGAGAAUUCUAAGAAUGAUGAUGUACACGUCAAGGCGAACGCGCUGCUGCAAGCACAUUUCUCGAGGCAAACGGUUGUAGGGAACCUGGCAGCCGGCCAACGGGAGAUACUCCUUCCUGCACCUAGAUUGAUCAAGUCAUUGGUUGAUGUUAUCUCCAGCAAUGGAUGGCUCAGCCUGGCUCUUAAGGCAAUGGAGCUUAGUCAGAUGGUGACACAAGGCAUGUGGGAUCGUGAUUCUAUGCUGCUUCAACUCCCCCACUUCACCAAGGAGUUAACUGAGAGAUGGCAGGAAAAUGGCAUUGAGAGCAUCUUUGAUCUUGCCGAGCUGAGUGCAGACAAGAUGCAGAACCUGCUGCAGUUACCAAACUCUCAGCUCAAGGACAUCAGAUUCAUCGAACGGCUCCCGAAUAUCGGAAUGUCGUAUGAAGUCUGUGAAGGUGAUGAUAUUAGAGCCAGUGGCAUUGUAACUUUGCAGGUUACUCUAGAGCGUGACAUGACGAACUUGCCAUCUGAGGUUGGGCCAGUUCAUGCCCCGAGGUAUCCUAAGCCCAGGCUGGAAGGCUGGUGGCUCGUGAUUGGUGAUAGCUCCAGCGACCAGUUGCUGGCAAUCAAGUGGGUUGCAGUGCUGCAAAGGGCUAGCCUCAAGCUCGAGUUCGUCGCUCCUGCAGAAGCAGGGAAGAAGGAUUACAUGGUUUUCUUGAUGUCAGAUUCCUAUCUGGGCAUUGAUCAGGAAUACGUGUUCACUGUGAACGUGAAGGAUGCCGGAGGGGAUUGAUCCGAAGAGAAGUAGUUGCUCAGGUUAACAAGGAUCUGAGGUGCAGCGGAUGUUUAAAAUAGUGAUGAGCUACUAGUUAAGUGCUCGACCGUUUCUUUUUUGAAAGUUGCAACUAUUUUUUUUCUCUCUCCGAAAGUAGUCACCUCUUUGUUUUGGAUGCAUAGCAGAAUGCACAGAGUGUGGAGUCAAGUCAACAGUCAAGAGGGGGUGCCACUGGUACAAACACCUUUUUUGUUUUUCCUAAGUAUCGACUCUGGUAAGCUUUUCUAAUGGUCAUGAAAAUUUUGAAAGAAAAUUGGCACAUAAUCUCAAGGGUUAGUCUACUCGAUGCAAUUGGAAAAAUAAAAAACUAUCAAAAUCUACUGAAACUGGAAUCUGAAAUAAGAAGACAAAUGCACAACUGAAUCUUGUCAAUUUCUCUCUUAUGUUCCUAUUGGUUUUAGCUGAAUUUGUGCAGGGAUUCUUAACUGUAUUACACUAGCCAAUAUUUUCUAGAAUGUUCCGUUGUUGCUAGAAUACACUACUAUCCGUCUUUUCUUGAAUGUUUGAUGAUUGCUAGAAGACCUCCAUUUUUUGGAAUUUGGAAGGAGUGGCAGGACUGAACGUGCACGCAGUACUUAAUUCGUGGCAAAAUGUAAGGCCGUUCAUGCAUGUCAAAAUUUAGGUUUGACCAGCAAGUGAUACAGAAAGGAUCUUGUUGGAAUAGUUAAUAUCACUUGUGUGUCAACUCACAUAUUAAUUAUCUAAUUUUUUGGUCAAAA